AUGCAUCAAAAUCCUUUCAUUUUCUUUCUUUUCACUCUACUCAUCUAUCUUUUGCCAUCUCGGGCAACCGCGGAUUAUUUGAUUGGAGUUGGAAGCUAUGACAGCACCGGACCGGCUGCAGGAGUUAAUAUGAUGGGGUAUGCAAAUUUGGACCAAAGCACUGCUGGAAUACAUUUCAGGCUAAGAGCACGAGCAUUCAUCGUAGCGGAGAGCUUAGAUGGACCACGAUUCGCUUUUGUAAAUCUUGACGCUGGAAUGGCGUCACAACUUGUCACGAUUACUGUCCUUGAUAGGCUAUCCAAAAGGUUUGGGAACUUAUACAACGAAGAUAACGUAGCUAUUAGUGGGACCCACACUCAUGCUGGGCCAGGAGGGUACUUGCAGUACGUGGUUUACUCUGUGACAUCACUUGGCUUCAUUCCUCAAUCGUUUGAUGCAAUUGUUACAGCCAUUGAAAUGAGCAUUCUUCAAGCUCACAAAAAUCUUAAAUCUGGUUCCAUUUUCAUCAACACAGGGGAUCUGGAUAAUGCGGGAGUAAACAGGAGCCCAAGUGCAUAUUUGUUUAACCCUCCAGAUGAGAGGGCUCGAUAUCCAAGAGAUGUGGAUACACUAAUGAUACUUUUGAAGUUUGUGGAUGCUACAAGUCAGAAAAGCAUUGGAGCUUUCACAUGGUUUGCAACUCAUGGAACCUCUAUGAGCAAAGACAACACACUAGUUAGUGGUGACAACAAGGGUGCUGCUGCUAGGUUCUUUGAAGAUUGGUUCACUUCCACUAGUACCAACUCAACUACUUUUAACACACAAGAUGAUAUCAGUGUCUUGAUAAACAAAGCGUCGGAGAUCAAAGCCACGGGAGGUCAGCCUUGUGGCCAAACAUCGAGUCAAGGGUUUAAGGUGAGGAAGAAUGAUGGCGGGUCGAGAUUUGUUGGAGCGUUUUGUCAAUCGAAUGUAGGAGACGUUAGUCCUAAUGUGUUGGGAGCGUUUUGCAUCGAUACCGGAUUACCUUGUGAUUUUAAUCACUCCUCUUGCAAUGGAAACGACCAGCUUUGUAUCGGUCGUGGUCCAGGGUACCCAGAUGAAAUAAAGAGUACAAAAAUAAUAGGGGAGAGACAGUUUCAUAAGGCAGUUGAGUUAUUCACUUCUGCUAAAGAACAGUUAACCGGAAAAAUUGACUACCGCCAUGUGUACUUAAACUUCACCAAUAUUAAAGUAACAUUGGCCGGUAACAAGACCGCGAAAACAUGUCCCGCAGCCUUAGGCCCGGGAUUUGCUGCAGGAACUACUGAUGGUCCUGGUGCUUUUGGAUUCCAACAAGGCGAUACUAAGAUUAACGAGUUCUGGAAAAGAGUAAGAGAUUUCCUGAAGAAACCAAGCGAUUAUCAAGUCGAUUGUCAAAAGCCGAAGCCAGUUCUACUCUCCACAGGAGAGAUGUUUUUCCCUUACGCGUGGGCGCCAGCAAUUGUUCCUAUUCAAAUCCUGAGAAUUGGGAAACUAGUCAUACUAUCGGUUCCUGGAGAAUUCACAACAAUGUCGGGUAGAAGAUUACGAGAAUCGGUGAAGCAAACACUCAUAACUAAUGGAAACGGUGAAUUUGACAAUGAUACGCAUGUCGUGAUAGCAGGAUUGACCAACACAUACUCGCAAUACAUCGCGACCCCUGAAGAAUAUAAACAACAAAGAUACGAGGGUGCAUCAACGCUAUACGGUCCUCAUACUCUAUCAGCAUACAUCCAAGAAUUCAACAAGUUAGCAGAGUCAAUGGCGAAAGGGCGUAAGAUAGUUCCCAAAGGCCCAUCACCACCUGAUCUUUCGUCCGUCCAACUGAAACUCCUACCCGACCCUUCUGGCGACUCACCACCACCAGGCGUGAAAUUUGGUAAUAUGAAACACGACGUUUCCAUUCCAAAAAGUGGCUCCUUUCAAAAAGGGGACAAACCGAGCGCAGUGUUUUGGAGUCCAAACCCAAGAUAUGAUCUAUUAACCGAAGGCACGUAUGCUGUAGUUGAGAUGCUUCAAGGAGAGAAAUGGAUCCCAGCCUAUGACGACGACGAUUUCAGCUUGUUUUUCAAGUGGAACAUAGAUAAUGGUAGUAGUUAUGGAUUGGCUAGUCUUGAAUGGGAAGUGCCUGAUUCAGCUAGUAACGGGGUUUAUAGGUUCAGACACUUUGGUUCAUCUAAGAAAACCAUCGGUUCAACAACAGAAUAUUUUACAGGCGCAUCAAGUGCAUUUGCAGUGUCGUAAAAUCCAAGCUUUGAGUUUUAGUACUUACUUAAUUACAACAAUAAAUAGCCAAUGGUGAAGGCUGUAUUAUAACUCUUUGUAUGUUUGUCUUUUCCUGGUUAGUAAUUAGCAUUUUUAAGUUAUUUUA